ACGCCCCUACUGCGCGCUCCUUGAGGUCUUCGACUGGCUGCAUCGCGCCGACUGCAUCGACGGCGAGACCAUGGAGCUCAUGACCGCGCCAUCGCCUGCGGCUGGAUCGAGCGCCUCGUGGUGGCCGGCGGCGACGUCUCCGACGUCUCCGCCCUGCUCGGGGAGAUGGACUGCGUUGGCCUGCGCCCUGGGUUCAGCCGCGUCGAGAAGGCCGUCGUGCUCUACUGGGACCGCAGCGAGAGGGCGCAUGCUGUCGAGUUCGUUAGGGACGUGCUCAGGAGGGGCAGUGUCGGCGCGGGAGCGGACUACGACGGCGAGACUAGCGAUGGCCAGUGCGGAGUUCAAAUUCCACCGUCACCACGCAAUCCAAUUCCCCUCUCCCCAAAACAUGCCAAGUUCAUGACAUCCCUCGCCCAAAUAUUAUCACUAGGGUUCGUGGCCAGGAAUCGAAUUCCAGCACCCAGCGUUCCGCAGCGCAGGGCCCUCCCAGGGAUUCCUCGGCAUGGGCUCCCCGCAGGACACCUGUUCUACAUCGACUGGGAGGAGAUCCUCCGCUUGAUUGGUCAGCUGCAGACUACGUUCCACUUAUGGGAGCAAGUUGCAUCAAUCACCGGAGAAGAUGUUCAAGGUGGACGAGCAGGAAAAGAAAAUUUCAGUUGCAUCAAGAGAUCCAUCACGUUAUCGACUUGAUGAAGUUGAACUCUCUUGUUGUAUCCAGGAAUGAUUUGUAUCCUCUUACAUACUUCUUAUCUACCGUUCUAAUUUGGAGUCCACAUGAAGUAAUGUAGUAUAUUUAGUUGAUGCAUAGGUCCACAUGUUGUUGUAGUGUAUGGCUAUAUAGUUGUCAAAACAGCUCAAAUUCUCCAUGUGCAUCGCACUUAUUCAAAUAUUCUCAGAUAAUUAUUACUCAA